AUCUACAGUGCUAAUUUCCAGAGAGAUAAGCCAGGGCUCCUUGACAAUAUUUGGAGGAAAGGAGACUUCAGAAACCCUGCCUGGCGAGGGACCUGUGAACCAAUUCUACUCAAAAAGCCCGCAUGGCAAGGGCUGGAUGAACCCAAGAAAAAGAAGCCGGUAGCUAUCAGGCACUCCCCACGAUUCCCUCAGGCACGCUGCACCAAGUCCCAGAGGAGAGCCUCCCGAGUUCAGGGCUGCAGAGGCCCCCAGCCCACUGUGUUCUCCGGUGUAUGGGCCCUGAAAAGCAUCGCUGGGCACGGCUCAGAUGGCCAGCCUCCUGAGGCACCAAGUGGCCCAAGUAGCGAGGGCGCCACUGGGCAUGACAUGUGUGCGGCUCCAGCCGCUGCCACGGGGGAGGGGGAGGCGCGCAGCAGCUCUGUGGCUCAGGGCGCCCAUCGUGCUCUGAUGACUUUGUUCAACACAUGCUACUCCGUUGUGCUGACCGCCCUCUCCGCCAAGACCCCAGAAGAGCAUUCCGAGGAGCAGCAGGAGGACUCCUCAGACUCCAAGUCUGUGCUGUGUGAACAGGUGAAGGACUUUCCCAAUGUGCAGUAA